AUGGGCUCGAUCACUCCCACUUUCACAGCCAUUCCCAUCCUCGACUACGCUCGGUCGACAUCCCCCGACACCAAACCGCGCUUCCUUGCCGAACUGCGCCAUGCGCUGGUCCAUGUGGGCUUCUUCUAUCUCGUCAACGCGCCUAUCGCCCCGCAUGUGCGCCAGACCUUUGUCGACCAGUCGCUGGCCCUGUUCGACCUUCCCCUCGAGAAGAAGCUCGAGAUUGAGAUGGUUCACAGUAAACAUUUCCUAGGAUACUCGCGCCUGGGCGCUGAAACCACCGCGUCCAAGGCGGACUACCGCGAGCAAUUCGAUUUCGCUACGGAGCUACCGCCUCCAGGCCCCGAGGAGCCGCUCUACCGCAACAUCCGCGGCCCAAACCAAUGGCCCGACGAGUCCUCCAUCCCGGGCUUCCGCCGCGCCAUCGAGGCCUACCUGGCGGAAAUCGGCCCUCUCGCCGACGCAUUCCGGACCCUCAUCGCCGAGGCGCUGGACCUGCCGCCCACCGCGCUGCACCCGUUCUUCGACGUCCCGCAGCAGCACAAGCUCAAGCUCAUCAAGUAUCCGGCGCCGCGCACCGCGGCCGACGCGCAGGGCGUCGGCGCCCACAAGGACUCCGAGUUCCUCACGUUCCUGCUGCAGGCGACGCCCCACGCCGGCCUAGAGGUGCAGAAUAAAGCCGGCGACUGGAUCGCGGCGCCGCCGGUGCCCGGGUCGCUGGUCGUGAAUAUCGGGCGCGCGCUGGAGGCCGUAACCCGCGGCGUGUGCACGGCGACCACGCACCGGGUGAGUCUGCGGCCGGAGAAUUUUGUCGACGCGCUGGGGAGGGCCCGGGGCCCGCGCUUCUCGUUCCCCGUCUUCCAGGGGAUGAGUCUGGAGCUGUGCGCGGAGGAUAUCCGGCUGGAUAUCCCGCGGCAUAUCCGGGACCUGGUGCGGGAUGAGCAGGUGCGCUCGGAUGCGGAGCCGACGUUUAAUAAAGUGUUCAAUGGGAAGACGGGGGAGGGCACGCUGCUGCACCGCAUCACGAGCCACCAGGACGUGGGCCGGCGGUGGUAUCCGGAGCUGCUGGACUGGGCACUGAAGGAGAGGGGAGGACGACAAGGAGGGGCAGCAGCGUAG